AUGAUCGAACUCUCCAACAAAAAUGCGCAGAAGGCAGAACUUUCCAACACGAAGUUCAUUGAAGCAACUAUCCACUCUAUCCCGCUGCCAGACACUAUUGUUGACUGCUUUAUCAGUAACUGUGUUAUCAAUCUUGUUCCGGCUAGCGACAAGGCGACCGUCUUCAAAGAGAUUGCUCGCUUGCUAAAGCCUGGUGGAAGGGUCGCUAUCAGUGACAUCUUGGCUAGAAAGCCACUGCCCGAUAACAUUACCAGAAACAUGGCGCUGUUCGUUGGCUGUGUCGCUGGCGCUAGUCAGAUCAAGGAGUACGAAGACUAUCUUGAGCAGGCUGGAUUCGAAGGAGUGUUCAUUGUUGAUGCCAAGUCGGACCUUAAUCUCUACAAGCGGUCUUCAUACUUGCCUCAGAGCUCGUGUGGUGGUUGUGGGAAUAAGGAAACCACCAGUGAUAUUGCCGAGUUGGACUUUAAUGAAUGGGUUGGUUCUUUUCAGAUCUAUGCCAUCAAGGCUUAG